AUGGCGACAAUAUGCGACUUUGAUGUACGUUUAACACUGAGGAGACGAGAAGUUGUGGAUGUACGUCUUCAAUUUGAAGCCAAUGUAGGAAUUUGGAACCCAUUCUUUGAUAUUAAAUCUCAGGAGCCGAGAUUGCUGCAGGGCAGGCGCGCGAUUGCAGUAAAUUGCCUCUCGCCCUUCUCAGCUCGAUUGAGAUCCCGGGUGGAUGCUGCAGCUGCCGGCGCUUGUGCGGCAUAUUACAGCGGCAGCAUGCGCUCUUACUUCACGCUUACGAAAGAACCUUGUUUACAUGUUGGAUCUCCAAGUGUAAACGGCAACCUCGACGCACUAAUUCAGCAUGACACAAGAAGUUAUGUAAGUGGAGCCCAUGCCUUGUGCGCAUGUGAGGGUAAUAGAUUCAAACCACGAGGCAGGCAAAGGCUGGGAAAAGCACCCGGCGACGUACUUGUGACUUGCGGCGAUCUCUCAAUGUCGCUGGCUCGCGGCGUGGGCCGGCAGGAGGCAUGCGAGCGCGGGGGUGGGGGCGGCAGCCAGUGCACGUGUGGCCCAGCUGUUCGACGACACCGCCUCCGCCACAGUGCGCCGAGGCGACCUCUCCUCGCGGCAGCUGCCGCCUCCGCCGUCUCUUCGCUCGCUUUCGUCGCUGUCGUCUUCGUCGGUGUCAUUGCCGACGCUGCCGUUGGCGCCGCCAUUUUGCAACCGUUCCGCCGCCAAUUUCACGAGGUCGUCCUUGACGCCAUCAUCCGCCUGCGCCUUCUCUCCAUGGGGCGGUGUGGCGGCCGAUUCUCUCGUCGCGUCGUGUCGCGCCUCGACCGGUCGCUGCCGCGUCGUCCAUGCGGUCGGAAAGGGCGCCACCGCCGGCACGCCAGCCUGGGUGGCAGCGUGGACGGGGGCGUGUCGCUGGCGGGGGCGGGCGCGGGCGACGGGCCGACGUCGCUGCCCGUGGGCGCGGUGUCGGUGUCGGCGUCGGUGUCGCUGCGUGCCUCGCCGCUGCCCUCGCCGCACCUCGACCACCGCUUCUUCGACACGUCGCUCGUCGAGAUGAAGUCGCAGGCGUCCUCCACCUCCACCCUCGACUCGUCCGAAGACGUGUGGGUGAUGCGCAGCGAGGCCACGGAGACCACGCAGCUGCUGAUGGCGCGCCGACGCCGGGAGCUGGGCUCGCAGCCGCUGCCAGUCAUCAGCGUCACCGACGAGGCGGACGGCAACAUGGCCAGCGCGGACCACGGCCGACCACGUGCCGGCACGUGGAGCAUCGCGCAGUCGCGCCAUCUGCACGCGGGCUCGGGCGGCUCGGCGGGCUCCUCGUCGCACGGCCACCACCAUCACCACCACCACCAUCACCAGCACCACCAGUCGGGCGGCGGGUCGUCGGGCGGCGCGCAGGUCGGCUCGUCCUCGUCCUCCGCCUCGUCCUCCUCGGCGUCCGCGCAGGCGCAGCAGCCGACGGCGCAGCAGCAGCACCGGGGCGCCGGCGGCGCGGGCGGCAUAAAAGCAGCCAUACAUUGUAUUAUGGUAAGUACAAUAUUUAUCAGGCUUACUGUAUUUUUAUUUUAA